GAGGAUGAGCAACAAGUGGCAGGUACAGUCUGUGGUUUUAAAACUGAGAAAUCGGCUUUGUGAAUUUGCUGUGAUUUCGAGAUGGCUGCAGCUGAUUUUGAUGCGGUGCUGGCCUCUUGGGGACCCGUAGAAGCAGAUUCGCCAGGAUACGGGGAAGCCGUGCUUGUUCGCCUGUUCACUGAUCAUCCAGAGUCCCAGAAACUGUUCCCCAAGUUCAAAAACCUCUCGCAGGGUGAGCUGUCAGGCAAUGCAGGUAUCAAGGCUCAUGGAAAUGUUGUCCUGUCCAAGCUGACUGCAUUGAUCAAACAGAAGGGUGAUCACGCUGCUCUCCUUAAGCCUCUGGCAGAAAGCCAUGCUCUGCAACACAAGAUUCCUCGGAAGAACUUUGAGAUUAUCUCAGAGGUCAUUGUCAAGGUGGUUGCAGAAAAGAACUCUGCUUUCAAUGCUGAUGCUCAAGCUGCCCUAAGGAGGGUGCUGAAGGUGGUGGUUGCUGACCUGGGCUGCUUCUACGAUGAACAUGGAUAUAAAGAGUAAAUCACCAUCAUAGACCCUAAGACUUUGAGUGUGACCCGUAGAACUGCACAUGUAUGAAGAUAUACAUUGCUUUCCUAAGGCUAUACUACAUACAUUAUGUAAUAGUGAGCAGACGGAUAUGUAAACAAAUUGUGAUAAGUCUGUCCUGCGAUUGAAUUGACCACUGGGCAACAGAAAUAAAAGUGUAAUCU